GUGAUAAUGUCUUAAUAUUUCAAUCGCAUCACCGCACACCAUAACUCAGGUCACCUCUUCAAAUCCAAUCAAGACAGAGAAAAAAAAAGAAAGAGAAAGAGAAACUUUCAAAAAAGUUCGAAAAACCCAUCCCCAUUUCAAUUGAUUUUUCUCUUUCUCUUUCGCCCUUCAUUUUCGUGUGUAAGGAUUCUCUCGAUCUCAUUCUUCUUCCUUUUUCCAUUCUAGGGUUUCUCUCUUUCUUCACAUUCUUCUCGCUUCACUUUCGAUUACCUGCGUUUGAUCUACUCAUUCUUCGAUCUUGUCCACUUUGUUUUCUUUAGAUUCGAUUUUUUCAGCAAUUUAACUCAAAAUGGAGGCGAUCGAAGAAUUGGCACAGCUUUCUGAUUCGAUGCGUCAAGCUGCUGCUGUUCUUGCCGAUGAGGAUGUGGAUGAUACUUCAUCUUCUUCUUCUUCACCAUCCCGGCGGAACUCUACUUUCCUUAAUGUUGUCGCUCUUGGCAAUGUUGGUGCCGGUAAAUCCGCAGUGUUGAAUAGUUUGAUUGGACAUCCUGUUUUGCCAACUGGUGAAAAUGGUGCUACACGAGCUCCAAUAAGCAUUGAAUUGAACAGAGAUAGCUCCCUUAGUAGCAAAUCCAUUGUGCUGCAAAUUGACAACAAAACUCAACAGGUGUCUGCAAGUGCUCUUAGGCAUUCUCUUCAGGAUAGGCUCAGCAAGGGUUCAUCUGGAAAGAGUCGUGAUGAAAUAUACUUAAAGCUGCGUACGAGUAGCGCUCCACCUUUGAAAUUAAUUGACCUUCCUGGUUUGGAACAACGUAUCGUGGAUGAAUCUAUGAUCAGUGACUAUGCUGCACACAACGAUGCAAUUUUGUUGGUGAUAAUUCCUGCUGUUCAGGCGCCUGAAGUCUCUUCUUCCAAAGCUCUCAGGGUCGCUAAGGAGUAUGACUCGGAGGGAACAAGAACCAUUGGUGUAAUCAGCAAAAUAGAUCAAGCUGCCUCAGAACCUAAAGCCUUAGCUGCUGUGCAGGCUUUGUUGUUGGGGCAAGGACCAAGAAGUACAGCUGAUAUGCCAUGGGUUGCUUUAAUCGGCCAGUCUGUUUCAAUAGCCACAGCUUCUGGUAAUGGUGGAUCUGAGAACUCCUUGGAAACUGCCUGGCGAGCUGAAAGUGAGAGUCUCAAGUCUAUCUUAACUGGGGCUCCACAAGGAAAGCUUGGUAGAAUAGCUUUGGUGGAAUCAUUGGCUGCACAAAUACGCAAUCGUAUGAAAGUUAGGCUUCCUAAUAUUCUUUCUGGACUUCAAGGCAAAUCCCAGAUAGUUCAGGAUGAAUUAGUGAAACUUGGGGAGUCGAUGGUUUCCAGCUCUGAAGGUACGAGAGCUUUGGCUUUGGAGCUUUGUCGUGAAUUUGAAGAGAAGUUUUUGAGACAUAUCACUGGUGGCGAGGGGAAUGGGUGGAAGAUUGUUGCAAGUUUUGAGGGAAAUUUUCCCAACAGGAUUAAGCAGCUUCCUUUGGACAGACACUUUGAUAUCAACAAUGUCAAAAGGAUUGUUCUUGAAGCAGAUGGUUACCAACCAUAUCUUAUAUCUCCAGAAAAGGGGUUAAGAUCCUUAAUAAAGAUUUCCCUUGAAAUGGCAAAAGAACCAUCACUACUUUGUGUUGAUGAGGUGCAUCAUGUGCUUGUGGAUAUAGUGUCUCAGGUUGCAAAUGCUACACCAGGUCUUGGAAGAUAUCCACCCUUUAAGAGAGAGGUCAUUGCAAUUGCAACUUCUGCACUUGAUGUGUUUAAAGGGAAAGCAAAGCAAAUGGUUGUUGACUUAGUAGAUAUGGAGCGUGCCUUUGUACCGCCUCAACAUUUCAUUCGCUUAGUUCAGAGGCGGAUGGAGAGACAGAGACGCGAAGAAGAAGUAAAAGGUCGAUCUUCCAGGAAAGGCUUGGAUGCAGAACAGUCGAUGUUAAAUAGGGCAACAAGUCCUCAAACAGGAAACCAACAAAGUAGUGGGAGUUUGAAGUCAAUGAAAGAUUCGAAGUCUGAUAAAGAUAAAGAUAAAGAUAAGGAUAAGGAUAAGGAUAAAGAGGGACAAGAGGGUUCUGGUCUAAAGACAGCUGGGCCUGAUGGAGAGAUAACUGCAGGUUUCUUGUUGAAAAAGAGUGCUAAAACUAACAGCUGGAGUAGACGAUGGUUUGUGUUGAAUGAAAAAACUGGAAAGCUUGGAUACACGAAGAAACAAGAAGAAAGGCAUUUCCGUGGUGUAAUCACUUUGGAGGAAUGUCAAAUUGAGGAAAUUCCUGACGAGGAAGAAGCCCCAUCAAAAAGUUCAAAGGACAAAAAGUCAAAUGGGCCUGAUAAAGGUCCUAGUCUUACAUUCAAGUUGACGAAUAAAGUACCAUACAAAACUGUUCUCAAAGCUCAUAGUGCUGUAUUGCUGAAAGCGGAGAGUGCAGUGGACAAGGUUGAGUGGAUAAACAAGUUGAGGAACAUUGCAACUCUUAAAAAUGGUCAAGGAAUGGGUGAACAUGGACUGUCAAUGCGUCAAAGUCAUUCUGAUGGUUCUCUUGAUACAAUGGCAAGAAGGCCUGCAGAUCCAGAAGAGGAGCUCCGUUGGAUGUCUCAAGAAGUGCGUGGAUAUGUAGAAGCAGUCCUAAACAGCCUUGCUGCAAAUGUGCCAAAAGCUGUUGUUCUUUGCCAAGUGGAGAAAGCUAAAGAGGAUAUGCUUAAUCAACUGUACAGCUCUAUAAGUGGCCAGAGCUCUGCUAAGAUUGAAGAACUACUCCAAGAGGACCAAAACGUGAAACGUAAAAGAGAACGUUAUACAAAGCAGUCAUCUAUUCUAUCAAAGCUUGUGAGGCAACUAAGCAUUCAUGAUAAUCGGGCAGCUGCUGCAUCUGGGUGGUCCGAUAGUGGUAGUGGGCCAGAAAGCAGUCCAAGAACUGGGGGAUCCGGUGCUGGAGAUGACUGGAGAACUGCAUUUGAUGCUGCUGCUAAUGGGCCUACAGAUUUAUCUAGGACCCACAGUCGGCGGUACAGCGAUCCAGCUCAAAAUGGCGAUUUGAAUUCCGGUUCUGGUUCAAGCUCAAACAGCCGUCGCACGCCAACACGUUUGCCUCCGGCCCCACCUUCAUCUGGUAGAUACUAGAUGCACAUGAGGAUGAAAAUAGAUGGGAACUUGUGACUACUCGUUUAAUGAUUCAUGUAUUUGUUGUUGGGGUGGGUUUUUUAUUCUUGCUCCUUAACAUUGAGCUUUUCUUUUGCUCGCGCUUAUAUGUUAUCAUAGUUUUGUAGAUUGGAAAAAAAAAUAGGCGAUUCUUGUAGAUAGAUAUUGGGCGGCCUCCCUUUCACCAUUAAGAUCUGGAUUUCGAGAUGUAUCUGUUUGUUCAUUGAAAUUUCUUGUUUCUUCCUUGGGGAAAUGACGCUGAUGCCUUUUUCACAUUGAUUGUUGGACAUCUUUGCACAAUAUUAUAGAAGCAUAUAGAGGUAACAAAGCUUAAAACUUUGGUGUAUUUUUCUUAGUUUCGGACCCUUCAUUGUUUUGGAUUAUUUUGGAUAAUUUUCUUAUAACCAACUAUGAAGUCAUGUGCGUAAUUUGUUCCACCAAUUGUUCAGCUAUGACUAUGUAUGUAAAAUGUUUAGGCAAAUUUAACAUAUCACCUCCGUUUUAUACUUGCAACACUGAUUGUAAUGUCGAAAAAUGUAACUAUCAAGUAUUUAUCUAUCUAUAUAUCUGAUCGCCUAUUUGUUGCCUUA